AAAAAAAGCACAAGUUUAGGAGAAAAAGGAGAACCAGGAUAUGGCUAUCCUGGAGCUGCAGGUUUCCCAGGGCCUAAGGGAGAACCAGGAGAUGCAGGAAUCCCAGGACAGGGUGGACAACAAGGGCUGUCAGGCCUUCCAGGAACGCCUGGAUAUCCUGGUGAGCCUGGAGCGCCGGGCGCAGACGGAGCACCUGGAAUGCCAGGUCUGAUGGGCGAAAAGGGUUUGCUGGGACUUGAUGGAAAACGUGGACGUCCUGGACUAGAGGGACGACCUGGAUUGCCCGGUCUUCCUGGGAUGAAGGGAGAACGUGGAAUGCAUGGGAUGGACGGACAACCAGGACGUCGCGGUAGUCCUGGAGACAUGGGACAACCAGGAUAUCCAGGAGCAGCCGGACAACGAGGUCCUGAUGGAUUACCUGGAGAUGAAGGACUUAUCGGAUUCCCUGGUCUUCGUGGAAUGCCCGGUGACAAUGGAUUGCCGGGAAUGGAAGGACCACGUGGUGAAGAUGGUGACAUCGGCUUGGAUGGUAUUCCAGGAACACCCGGUGGACCAGGAGACGAUGGUCUUCCUGGACUACCAGGCGCAGAUGGACAUCCGGGGCCAAAGGGAGAAAUGGGUGAAGAAGGGUCCCCUGGUGCUAGGGGAAUGCCUGGAGAUGCCGGGUAUAUUGCACGACCAGGACUACCUGGAGACGUUGGUUAUGCAGGACCCGUUGGACCUCCGGGCCUGCCUGGACUUGACGGCGCACCUGGACUAAAGGGGGAACAAGGUGAACCUGGCGACAGCUACCCUGGUCUUCCCGGAGCUCCCGGAGAACAGGGUGCACCUGGUUACGAUGGUAUAGAGGGAGCACCCGGCCAACCUGGUAUGCCUGGCCUAACUGGAAUACCCGGUCUGAAGGGAGAAGCAGGAGAACCUGGUUAUGCUGGAGCUGCAGGUAGAGAUGGAUUGCCCGGAGUACCAGGCGUGGAAGGUGACUGCGGAGAUGAUGGAUAUCCAGGAGCACCAGGUAUUCCUGGACUUCCUGGCGCCCAAGGACGUGAAGGUGAAAAAGGAUAUCCUGGUCUGCCAGGGGAAGCUGGCCUACCAGGUCUUCCUGGCGCACCAGGUCUGCCGGGUAUGAAAGGUGAAAGAGGAGAGGCGGGACUUCCUGGUUACGCUGGAAUUCCUGGAGAAGUUGGACAGCAGGGUGACCUGGGCAUUCCUGGAGCGCCUGGAGUUCCUGGGGACUCAGGCCUGCCAGGGCGGGAAGGUCAACCCGGCGCGAAAGGUGAAAGAGGAGAGCCAGGCUCACCUGGUUAUGCUGGGAAAGUGGGACUGCCAGGACCUGUCGGACCACCAGGAGAUGAAGGCGCUCCGGGAGCGCCUGGACAAGAUGCAUAUGGACAGGCAGGCGCACCAGGAGAACCUGGCUUACCUGGACCUGAUGGUUUCCCGGGACUACCGGGAAUGGCCGGAGAAAAAGGAGCUGAUGGUUACCCCGGAUCUCCUGGCCUUCCUGGUCCUCGUGGAGAGCCAGGAUUUCCUGGAGUACCUGGCGAAAUGGGUCUUCUUGGUAUCGACGGCAAAAGAGGUGUUGAUGGAGCUCCCGGAGCUCCUGGAGCACCUGGCCUGCCUGGAAUUCCUGGAGCAGAGGGAGACUGUGGUGACGACGGACUCCCUGGACAACCAGGUCUCGACGGUACUCCUGGUUAUCCAGGAGAAAGAGGAGUGCCGGGAGUGCCCGGAUAUCAAGGUCAGCGAGGUGAUGAUGGUCUUCCUGGUUUGCCUGGCAUUCCGGGUGUCAAGGGAGACCGCGGAGACGAUGGACUUCCUGGUCUCCCUGGACCAGAUGGACUGCCUGGACGAGAAGGAGCGCCAGGAACUCCGGGACCUAUGGGAUUCAGACAAGAAAGCCCUCCUGGCGAGCCGGGAACCCCAGGACGACCGGGAGAAAAAGGAUAUCCUGGAUUACCUGGAGAAAACGGAUUGCGCGGACCACCGGGAAAAGCAGGUUACCCAGGAGCGCCAGGGGAAGCCGGUUUGCCAGGUCUGCCUGGAAUUCCUGGACCAAAGGGAGAGGUUGGAGCAGCCGGCAGUGUUGGAAUUGUGGGAAGAUUAGGUGCACCUGGAAAUCGUGGACCGCCAGGACUACCUGGAGGUCCGGGAGGUUGGGCACCAUCCAGAGGCUUCACUUUUGCUAAACAUUCACAGACGACACAGAUUCCUCCUUGUCCAAAUGGAGCAGCACCGUUAUGGACUGGGUACUCUCUUCUCUACGUACAAGGAAACGGAAGAUCGAGUGGACAAGACCUUGGUCAAGCGGGCUCUUGCCUUUCGAAAUUCAAUACUAUGCCAUUUAUGUUCUGCAAUCUCAACAGUGUGUGCCAUGUGUCGAGUAGAAACGAUUACUCGUUCUGGUUGAGCACCGAAGAGCCAAUGACACCUAUGAUGAAUCCAGUCUCUGGAACAGCAAUCCGGCCAUACAUUUCUCGUUGUGCCGUGUGUGAAGUACCGACGCAAAUCAUAGCGGUUCAUUCGCAAGACACAGUAGUUCCGGCGUGCCCAGCGGGAUGGAGUGGAUUGUGGAGCGGAUACUCGUUUGUGAUGCAUACUGCGGCUGGCGCUGAAGGCACUGGGCAGUCGCUUCAGUCGCCCGGAUCCUGCAUGGAGGAAUUCCGAGCGGUUCCGUUUAUUGAGUGCCACGGACGAGGAACCUGCAAUUACUACGCUACCAACCACGGAUUCUGGCUUGCUAUUGUCGACAAU